ACUUUGACUACGUUUUCAAAUUUGUAAAUCCCUUCUAAAAACGGUAGGCUUAACUAAUCACUAGCAAGUAAUUUCUUUCGAACAUAUUACCGCAAAUUCAUAGUUUAUCAAAAUGUCAAUGUUGAAAAGAAUUAGUAAACUUAGGCGUCGAAGCCGACAGCCGGCAGAAGGAGAUGCAAGUUCCGAAGCGGGAGAGACGUCAGAAGACUCUUCGGAAGUGUCUAAAGUUGAUUUCAUUCCACCAUUGGAAAUUGAAAAAAAAAUGCCCACCUACUUUACAAUGGGUAACCUGGCCAAAGAGUGUUUAAUUCGUGGCUUUGAGAUUGGCAUUUGGCAUCUCGAAUGCACCAUGAGAUCGAAUAAUUUAAGCACUUAUUCCAUUGGCAAGGCUAAUCCAGAUUUGAACAGUGUCUCGGGCGGUGUGGGAAUGCGUGAAAAGUUCGGUAGUUUCAGUUUAGCACAAGCUUGGCAAACUGACGGACUUUUAGGCUUGAUUGGAGCGAACAGUGAAGUCCUGGGUGCAGGGGUUUAUAGCGUGCUUAAGGGCUUCUAUGGACCACAUGGAAGUGCUGCUCCCAAAGUCGAGCUCUUGGCCGGCUUUGAGCGAGCUCCUUUAAAGUCUGAGAUUAUAAUCCCUGUGCUCCACUCGCCCAAAUUCAUGGGCUACCUGCUGCUACAGCCCAUAGAGCAUUUUCUAUUUGGCGGUCGCUUGGAAUUCGAUGUAGAACAGCGACAAAUUGAUAUGCAUGCGCUUUGUGUUGGUUACGUGGAUGACACUACCGAAUAUAUGCUCAAACUAGAGAAGUUUAAGGAUUUGCGCGGCUCAGUGUUUCAACGUUUGGGCGACAAAUGGGCCGUGGCUCUUAAGGCGAAUCUGUUUGGCGAGAACAUGAAGGCGUUUACAGUUGGUGGACAGUAUCAAGUGGAUGAGAAGACGCUGCUUAAGGCCAGGAUCAGUGACGAUUGUCAGGUGGGCUUCGUGUGUCAAAUUAAGGUGACAGAUAACAUUGAGGGUAUCUAUUAUUUUGGUUUUGAUGGUAAUUCGCCGAUGAGUGGCGACCACAAAGUUGGUAUCUCCUGGUCGUUUAAAGCAUAAUUAAUUAAUUAGCGAUCACAAAGUUUCUAUCGCUUUAAAACAUAAUUGAUUAUUGAAAUAUUUUAUAUGUAUUUGUGAAAAUCUUAUAGCAAAAGCAAUAAAAAACCAACUCAUUUUAA